UUCACAGUCCGUUUCCUCACAGAAAUGGCUGCGUCCAGUGUUUUUAAAGCAGGUCUUUUCAAUUACAAAGUUGCAAUCGUGACGGGAGGCGGGACUGGGAUAGGAAAAGCUAUUACUUCUGAGCUCUUACAGUUAGGUUGCAGUGUGGUCAUAUCAUCCAGGAAGCUUGAGCGUCUGGAGUCAGCAGCUGAAGAGCUGAUGCAGAAAGUCCCCUCUUCCAGUCUGGCUAAAGUGACCCCUAUACAGUGCAACAUCAGAAAUGAAGAAGAGGUGAAGAACCUGAUGGCCUCCACUCUGAAGCUUCAUGGGAGGAUUGACUUUUUGGUGAAUAAUGGAGGCGGGCAGUUUUCCAGCCCAGUGAACUUGAUGAGUGCAAAAGGCUGGAAAGCUGUGAUUGACACAAACCUCAACGGGACGUUCUUAUGCUGCAAAGAAGCAUACAAUGCAUGGAUGAAAGAUCAUGGAGGUGCAAUUGUGAACAUCAUUGCAGACAUGUGGAAGGGAUUUCCUGGAAUGGCGCAUACAGGGGCGGCCAGAGCAGCGGUGGACAACCUGACCAAGAGCCUAGCCAUUGAGUGGGCUGACAGUGGGGUCCGGAUCAACUCUGUGGCUCCGGGAACUAUCAUCUCCAAAACUGCAAUGGAAAACUACAAAGAAAUUGGCCCAACAAUGUUUAAGAUGUCAGUGCCAUUCAGUCCGGCUAAACGACUCGGUGUUCCUGAGGAGAUAUCGCCAGCUGUAUGUUUCUUGCUGUCUCCGGGUGCCAGCUACAUCACUGGAGCAACCCUGAAAGUCGAUGCAGGACAGAGCCUCUACCACUCUAUUUGGGAAAUACCAGAUCACAAAGCCUGGCCUGCAGCCCCAGAAGGAGAAAAUACAGACAUAUUGAGAGAAAUCAUGGACGUGACCAAAUCCAAGCUGUGAAUCAUAACAAAACAAAACAAGUCUAGACUGUCAAACAGCUGCUCUUCAUCACAGUGUGGGUGGACCACAAAUGUUUUUUGGCUAGGAAUUUUUAACACAUCUUGACUGCGGCCUUUAUCAUUGCAUUAUCAUUGCACAAUUGAACUCUAAUUGUUCUUUAAUCAGUGUAAAUAUGUGUAAUAGUAUGAUAUUGUGAAUAUAACAUUUGUAACUUAAGAUUUCUAAAAACAAAAACAUUUAUCAGCAUGUAAUGUUGUAUUGUACAUGUAAUGUAUUGUUAAAAAAAAAAAAAAAAUAUUUUCUGUUGUAACAACUUGUAAGCUGUUGCAUUAGUAUAACCUUUUUGGGGAAUUAAUAUGCCUAUAAAAUGGUAUAUCAAGUCAGCGGCGAUAGCCUUGUGGGCAGCUCAAUGACAUACAGCACCAUUGGGCCCCUGUUACUCAGUUCCAGUAUUACCCCCUGUCCGAUUAAUUACAUUUAAUACACAGGAAAUACCUGUAAAUUAAUUACCAAUGGUGAAAUUAUGAAUGAGUGAUAUUCAAACAUGCCAGUGUGGUUCUUUUUGCUUGUGUUAAAAUAUAAAAUCCUACUUUUAUUAAAAUUAUUAUUAUUAUCAUGUUAUAGUUCAGUGGCAAGGGGGAAUAAAUGAUUCAUCGUUUUUU